CACAGCACUUAGAAAUCAACUGUCCCUCAACCACCCCCACAAUCUCAGACCACUGUCUCUGAGAUGGAAAAUGAGCCUUUUCUCUCCCUCCAAUCAAAACCUCAACUUCGACCCACUGUUGAAGACGACCAUCAUGGCACACCAUCAGAAAUCCAAGACAACUCACAAAUUCAACCCCCUUCAAAGAAGCAUGGUUAUCUCCAUCGAUGUAAAACGGCUCCAGCCAUGGCUGUCAUGCGUGACCGGAAGCCUAAAACACCCCAACUGCCUAAACCAAAAUCCGAGUCCAGCACCAUUAUCAGGCAAGCUUUUUUCUUGCUAUCCCUUUACUUGUUGCUCGGUGUGGCUAUUUACUCUUUCAACAGAGAUGAAUUCUCGGGUAUCGAGACUCACCCAGUUGUUGAUGCUUUUUACUUCUGUAUAGUCACCAUGUGUACCAUCGGCUACGGUGAUAUAACCCCUUUAACCCCAGCUACCAAGAUCUUCGCUUGUGUUUUUGUGUUGGUUGGUUUUGGUUUCAUAGACAUAUUGUUGAGUGGGGUUGUAAGUUAUGUCCUGGAAUUGCAAGAGAACAUGAUUUUGACUGGUAUCCACAUCAAGAAAUCGCAACAAGGGUUUUCAGCUAGGAACUACAUCGUUGAUGUAGAUAAAGGAAGGAUGAGGAUAAGGCUUAAAGUUGGGUUAGCACUUGGGGUCGUGGUGCUGUGCGUUGGAAUUGGAACCUUGAUGUUGUAUUUCUUGGAGAACUUGGACUGGAUCGACUCGGUUUACUUGUCGGUUAUGUCUGUUACUACGGUUGGGUACGGAGAUAGGGCAUUUAAGACCCUGCCUGGAAGGUUGUUUGCGGGUGUUUGGCUAUUGAUUUCAACGCUGGCUGUGGCUAGAGCCUUUUUGUAUUUGGCUGAAGCUAGGGUCGAUAAGCGGCAUAGGAGGAUUGCCAAGUGGGUGUUGCAUAGAGAUAUCACUAUUCAGGAUUUACUAGCUGCUGACAUCAAUAACGAUGGCUUCAUCAGUAAAUCGGAGUAUGUCAUUUACAAGCUGAAAGAGAUGGGGAAGAUUGGGGAGAAAGAUAUAUUGCAGAUAUGUGAUCAGUUCAGCAAGCUGGACACAAAUAACUCUGGGAAACUAACUCUUCCACAGCUCUUAGAAAAUCGCUUGUGAUAUUAUUCUUCAGAUAAGCUUAAUUUAUAACUUAUAUUCUUUUGGCUAGAGAUUCUAGAGGUUAUCAUUUCAUUCUUGGAUGAGCAUUGAAUGGGAAAUUUUAUGCACAUUCAAGCUAGAAGAACUCAAUUCUAUACGUUUCUCAAGCCGCUGUGAUGUGAAAAAGAAAAUGGAAUUAGCAGAAAGAUAGAAUGGGCAACAAGAUGCUUCUGAUAUCAUUAGGGUCUGAAAUCUGAAUUGUAAAUCUUUGUUGUCAAUGUAUUCAUUAUCCAGACAAUGGAAUACAAUGGAAAGUAGAUAUAUUUCUAAA